UGCAUAUAUUUUUCCUGGCAGUCUAAUAUUCAGCUCAGUUCCGUUAUGUCAACGUAAUUGUUGCUUUACUGGCUUCUCUAACCUCCACGUUCUUCUUAUUCACCUCUCUUCAACACAUGUUCUUGCCGCCACUCUCAAAUAGUGAAACCCAAUCAUUUUUCCUCUGUCAAAUACUCUUUUCUUCUGCCCCCAAAUGGCUGAUGCAACAACAGACUUUGCACUCACCAAGCUCAAAAAGUCUGUUGAAAACCUUGGUUCUUCUACACAGGGUUAUGGGGACCCUACACUGAUGAGGUUUUUGAUUGCUCGAUCAAUGGAUUCAGAUAAAGCAGCAAAGAUGUUUGUCCAAUGGCAGAAAUGGAGGGCUACUAUGGUGCCUAAUGAUGGGUUCAUUUCAGAUUCUGAAGUUCCUGAUGAAUUGGAAACUAGAAAGAUCUUUUUGCAGGGUUUGUCUAAGGAUAAAUAUCCUGUGAUGAUUGUCCAAGCAAGUAGACAUUUCCCUUCCAAGGAUCAGAUUCAAUUCAAGAAAUUUAUUGUACAUUUACUGGACAAGACAAUUGCGAGUGCUUUCAAGGGAAGGGAGGUAGGAAAUGAAAAGUUGAUUGGGGUUCUGGAUCUGCAGGGUAUUUCGUAUAAGAAUGUUGACGCACGUGGUUUAAUUACAGGAUUUCAAUUUUUACAGUCUUACUACCCUGAAUGUUUAGCGAAGUGCUAUAUUUUACAUAUGCCAUGGUUUUUUGUGAGUGUUUGGAGAUUUGUUUCCGGCUUCCUAGACAAGGCAACACAAGAAAAGAUUGUAAUUAUAAGCAACGAGGAAGAGAAAAAGUUGUUCGUAAGUGAAGUUGGCGAAGACAUUCUCCCAGAAGAGUAUGGUGGAAGAGCAAAGCUUGUACCUAUCCAAGAGGUUGAAGUGAAACCCCCGGAAAACGGAAGAACGACUUGAAUAUAGUGUCUUCUUGGCAAUCAAACAAUCAUUUGAGUCUAAGUAGGGGGCAUCUGAUGCUUGUAGUCCUAACCCCAUUAUCAUCUAAUAAAAUUUCAACUAUAGAGGACAGGUGGAUAUGAUAUAUAGAAGUUUCAUAUUCUAUUCUACUGGAAAACCAAAUAUGAAUAGAGAUAUGAUAAGAUAAUUUAUCCUAUUUUGUCUAUUUUAAUGUCUUGCUUUACUUA